CACCCUUCCUCUCUUUCCUUAGUCGACGGCUUGCUAUCGUGGUGACGGACGUCGCUCAGUGACACGGUGAAUUUAGAUCAGACACCGCAAUGUCUUCAGUCCAGAAGAAAACGACCACUAAAACCACUAAAACUGUGACCACCAAGAAAACGGAACAUGUGCAAUCGUCCUCGGUGGACCAGUCUGCCGAUGUGGAAGGCGCUAUUGCACAUAAGGCCAACACCCUCUCAAUCGUCAAGAAAGGACAGUUUUUCAAUGACUCGUAUUUUGAGGACACCCGCCAGGACUUCCAAGAUGCUAUUCAAGAUGUGUUAACAAAGUGGGGAGACAAGUCAAAACCGACCAAUGAUAUUAACAGUUACAGGGACCUCAGGGCUCGGGACCUUCGUGAUGAAAAUCAGGCCAUAAAAUCAUCCGAGGACCAGCGUUACCAUAAGAUCGUGGUGGACGUUCAAGACUUCAUCAAUGGAGGGGAGGUGAGCGUGAAGACCCUUGAUGAAGUGGAGAUAGUGGUGGAGGGGCGCGUCCAAAGGAAAGUAGGCAAUACCACGUCCACCAAGAGCUUCAAGCGGACCUUCAUUCUCCCCGACAUUGUGCCCGAGUCCAUCACUUCCGUGGUGUCUUCCGACGGCGUGCUCAUCAUCAAGGCUCUCAAAAAGGAAUCAGAACAGGACGUGAGCGAGUCCGUCACCGUCCAUAAAACAGUGGUGACGAAGCAACAGACUUCCACCUCCACUGUCGCGACAAGCGGCCAGCAGGAUGUCAAGCAGAUCGCCAUCAAUGUGCAGGAGACUCAACCUACUGUGACCAGUCCUCAGCCUGAACAACAGCAACAGACGGUAACCGUGACCAAACAGGUUACGUCUACCACCACCGACAAGGGCGGCAAGCCGUUGCCAAUCGCCAAGAAGGGCGGAUUCUUUGAAGACACCUUUUUCGAGGACUGCCGAAAGCACUACCAGACGGCGGUGAAGCAAGUGUUGCAGAAGUUCAACGUGACUUCUACCGGCACUGAUGACAUCACAGCAUACCGCAACCUUCGCCAGAAGGACCUCCGGGAGGAAAACCAAGUCGCGACCGUUGAUGAUGAGGAACAGUUCCAAAAGAUCAUUGUGGACGUGAAAGAUUUUAUGGACGGUGGUGAGGUGACCGUGAAGACCGUGGACGAAAGGGAGGUGGUCAUCGAGGGUCGCAUCGAGAAGCAGGAGGGCAACAAGAAGACCAUCAAACGUUUUUGCAAACGCUUUUAUCCUGCCAGAGGACAUCCUCGUGGAGUCUGUGACGUCCGUGGCAUCUUCCCUUCAGAGGGCAAAGAUGUGAGCGAGUCCGUCACCGUCCAGAAAAGAGUGGUGACGAAGCAACAGACUUCCACUUCCACUGUCGCGACAAGCGGCCAGCAGGAUGUCAAGCAGAUCGCCAUCAAUGUGCAGGAGACUCAACCUACUGUGACCAGUCCUCAGCCUGAACAACAGCAACAGACGGUAACCGUGACCAAACAGGUUACGUCUACCACCACCGACAAGGGCAGCAAGCCGUUGCCAAUCGCCAAGAAGGGCGGAUUCUUUGAAGACACCUUUUUCGAGGACUGCCGAAAGCACUACCAGACGGCGGUGAAGCAAGUGUUGCAGAAGUUCAACGUGACUUCUACCGGCACUGAUGACAUCACAACAUACCGGAACCUGCGUCAGAAGGACCUCCGGGAGGAGAACCAAGUCGCGACCGUUGAUGAAAGCACCGAUGUUCACAAAAUAAUUGUGGACGUGAAGGACUUUACGGACGGCGGCGAGGUGACCGUGAAGACCGUGGACGAAAGGGAGGUGGUCAUCGAGGGUCGCAUCGAGAAGCAGGAGGGCAACAAGAAGACCAUCAAACGCUUCUGCAAACGCUUCAUCCUGCCAGAGGACAUCCUCGUGGAGUCCGUGACGUCCGUGGUAUCUUCUGAUGGAGUGCUCACCAUCACAGCAAGGAAGAAGGUUGUUGACAGUGGAGUUGAGACGACACAAGUCAUUCAGAAAAAGGUUACUUCAACAGUGCAGACCCAACAAGUGACGGACAAAUCCUCAGACGUGCAAGAAAAGAAAGAUACUCAGCAGACUAAAGUCACAAGAAUAAAAAAGACCAAGAUCGUCACCAUUACCUCCACCACUGUUCCCUUCUUUAAUGACCCAACUUACGUUGAGGAUGUCAAGGACUUCCAGGAGGCCAUCACCACCAUCAUCAAAAAGAUGAACUUGACAGUCAAAGACACUGAUACUUUCACUGCUUAUAGAAACCGUCGCAUGAUCAACCCUAGAAAUGAAAAUCAGGCCAUUUCUGAAAAAGAAACCGAGACCGUCAAGAAGAUUAUCAUGGACGUAUGCGACUUCAUCGGCGGUGUGACAGUGAAGGUGGACGAACAGAUACUGACAGUGGAAGGAAAAGGCAACAGGCACACAGAGGGUGGUGGCGUCCAGACCUUCAGCUUCAAUCGUCAGUUCAUUCUGCCUGAUGAUGUGAAUCCUGACGACAUUACAGCUGUUAUGACUCCUGAGGGAAUCCUUAUCAUCACCAUCAUCACAAAGCAAGCUGUCACUUCAUCGAUGAUCACAAAGAAAGAAACCCACGUCAAGAAGGAAAUAACAGAAGUGAAAGAGGAACCUAAGAAGGUCCCUACAGAGGACGUCACUCAGAAAACAACUACAACCACCACGAAAACCACCAGGACCGUCACCAUUACUACCAAAGGUCCAUUCUUCAACGACCCAACCUUCGUUGAGGACGUCAAGGACUUCCAGGAGGCAAUCACCACCAUCAUAAAAAAGCUGAACUUGACGGUCACUGAAGAUAUUUUCACCGUCUACAGGAACUACCGCAAGAACAACCCCAAAAUCGAAAACCAAGCCGUCUCGCAAAAAGACACAGACACCAUUAAGAAGAUCGUGAUCGACGUGUGUGACUUCGUUGGGAACGUGACAGUGAAGGUCGUGGAUCGCGAACUAGUCAUCGAGGGUGAAGGUAAGAGGCCCACGGAAACUGGCACCACCCAGACCUUCAGUUUCAACCGUCGCUUCUCUCUGCCGGAUGAGGUAACUCCUGACGACAUCACAGCUGUCAUGUCCUCUGAGGGAGUCCUUGUGAUAACCAUCAUCAGGAGGAUUAAGAAGGUCACCCAAGUAAAGGAUACCGCUGAAACAAAGAAAACCACCACUAAGACAACCAGGACCGUCACCAUUACGACUACGAAAACUACAUUUUUCAAUGAACCAACUUUCGUUGAAGAUGUCAAAGACUUCCAGGAAGCCAUCACGACCAUUAUCAAGAAGCUCAAUUUGACGGUCACCGAGACGGAUGUUUUCACUGCCUACAGGAACAAAAGGAAGAUCAGCCCCAGAAAUGAAAACCAAGCGAUCUCAGAAAAAGAAACAGACACUAUCAAGAAGAUUAUCAUGGACGUAUGUGACUUCAUCGGCGGCGUGACAGUGAAGGUGGAGGAACAGAUACUGACAGUGGAAGGAAAAGGCAACAGGCACACAGAGGGUGGUGGCAUCCAGACCUUCAGUUUCAACCGUCAGUUCAUUCUGCCUGAUGAUGUGAAUCCUGAUGAUGUUACGGCCGUCAUGACUGAUGAGGGAAUCCUCAUCAUCACCAUCAUCAAGAGGAAAACGGUGACUUCAUCAGGGGUCACAAAAGAGGAAACCCAAAUCAAGAAGGAAAUAACAGAAGUCGAAGCUAAGAAGACUCCUACUCCGGAAGAACCUAAGAAAGUUCCAGUUGAAGAACCAAAGAAAGUCCCAGAACAACCAAAGAAAGCCCCAGAAGAACCUAAGAAGGCCCUUGAAGAGCCUAAGAAAGCCCCUGAAGAGCCUAAAAAGGCUCCUGAAGAGUCUAAAAAGGCCCCUGAAGAGCCUAAGAAGGUCCCAGAAGAGCCUAAGAAGGCUCCUGAAGAACCUAAAAUGGCUCAUGAAGAACCUGAAAAGACCCCUGAAGAGCCUAAGAAGGCCACAGAAGAGCCUAAGAAGGUUUCCGAAGAGCCUAAAAAGGCUCCUGAAGAGCCUAAGAAGGCCCCAGAAGAGCCUAAGAAGGUUCCUGAAGAAUCUAAAAAGGCUCCUGAAGAACCUAAAAAGCUCCCUGAAGAGCCUAAGAAGGCCCCUGAAGAGCCCAAGGCUCCUGAAGAAACUAAGAAAGCUCCAGAAGAGCCCAAGGCUCCUCAAGAACCCAAGAAAGCUCCAGAAGAACCUAAGGCUCCUGAAGAGCCCAAGAAGGCUCCUGAAGAGUCUAAAAAGGCUCCUGAAGAACUUAAGGCUCCUGAAGAACCCAAGAAGGCCCCAGAAGAACCUAAGGUUCCUGAAGAACCCAAGAAGGCUCCUGAAGAACCCAAGAAAGCUCCAGAAGAACCCAAGAAGGCCCCUGAAGAACCCAAGAAGGCUCCUGAAGAACCCAAGAAGGCUCCUGAAGAACCCAAGAAGGCCCCUGAAGAACCAAAGAAGGCCCCUGAAGAACCCAAGAAGGCUCCUGAAGAACCCAAGAAAGCUCCAGAAGAACCCAAGAAGGCUCCUGAAGAACCAAAGAAGGCCCCUGAAGAACCCAAGAAGGCUCCUGAAGAACCCAAGAAGGCUCCUGAAGAACCCAAGAAGGCCCCUGAAGAACCCAAGAAGGCUCCUGAAGAACCCAAGAAGGCUCCUGAAGAACCCAAGAAGGCCCCUGAAGAACCCAAGAAGGCUCCUGAAGAACCCAAGAAGGCUCCUGAAGAACCCAAGAAGGCUCCUGAAGAACCCAAGAAGGCCCCUGAAGAACCCAAGAAGGCCCCUGGAGAACCCAAGAAGGCCCCUGAAGAACCCAGGAAGGCUCCUGAAGAACCCAAGAAGGCUCCUGAAGAACCCAAGAAGGCUCCUGAAGAACCCAAGAAGGCUCCUGAAGAACCCAAGAAGGCUCCUGAAGAACCCAAGAAGGCCCCUGAAGAACCCAAGAAGGCUCCUGAAGAACCCAAGAAAGUUCCUGAAGAACCAAAGAAAGAACCCAAAGAGGAUGUCAGUAAGAAAACAACAACAACAACAACUAAGAUAACCAAGACCGUCACCAUUACUACCAAAGGUCCGUUCUUCAACGACCCAACCUUCGUUGAGGAUGUCAAGGACUUCCAGGAGGCAAUCACCACCAUCGUCAAAAAGCUGAACUUGACGGUCACUGAGAAGGAUGUUUUCACCGUCUACAGGAACUACCGCAAGAACAACCCCAAAAAUGAAAACCAAGCCGUCUCGCAAAAAGACACAGAUACCACUAAAAAGAUCGUGAUUGACGUGUGCGACUUCCUUGGGAACGUGACGGUAAAGGUUGUGGAACAUGAACUGGUAAUCGAGGGUGAAGGCAAGAGACCUACUGAGACUGGCACCAUCCAGACCUUCAAAUUCAACCGCCGCUUCUCUCUGCCUGAAGACGUAACUCCUGACGAUGUAACGGCUGUCAUAUCCUCUGAGGGUAUCCUCAUUAUAACCAUCAUCAGGAGAAUUAAGAAAGUCACUCAAAUAAAGAAGGACACCACAGAUGUUCAACAAACUGAAACUAAGAAAGUUGCCACCACGGAGGAGGACGUCACUAAGAAAACUACUACAACAACAACCACCAAAAUCACCAAGACCGUCACCGUUACUACCAAAGGUCCGUUCUUCAAUGAUCCGACCUUCGUUGAGGAUGUCAAGGACUUCCAGGAGGCCAUCACUACCAUCAUCAAAAAGCUUAAAUUAACUGCCACCGAGAAGGAUGCUUUCACCGUCUACAGGAACUACCGCAAGAACAACCCCAAAAACGAAAAUCAAGCUGUCUCACAGAAAGACACUGACACCACUAAGAAGAUUGUGAUUGACGUGUGCGACUUCCUUGGGAACGUGACAGUAAAGGUUGUGGAACAUGAACUGGUAAUCGAGGGUGAAGGCAAGAGACCCACUGAAACUGGCACCAUCCAGACCUUCAAAUUCAACCGCCGCUUCUCUCUGCCUGAAGACGUAACUCCUGACGAUGUAACGGCUGUCAUAUCCUCUGAGGGCAUCCUCAUUAUAACCAUCAUCAGGAGGAUUAAGAAGGUCACUCAAAUAAAGAAGGACACCACAGAUGUUCAACAAACUGAAACUAAGAAAGUUGCCACCACAGAGGAGGACGUCACUAAGAAAACUACUACAACAACAACUACCAAGAUCACCAAGACUGUCACCAUUACUACCAAAGGUCCGUUCUUCAAUGACCCGACCUUCGUUGAGGAUGUUAAGGACUUCCAGGAGGCCAUCACUACAAUCAUCAAAAAGCUUAAAUUGACUGCCACCGAAAAAGAUGCUUUCACCGUUUACAGGAACUACCGCAAGAAGAACCCCAAGAACGAAAAUCAAGCUGUCUCACAGAAGGACACUGACACCACUAAAAAGAUCGUGAUUGACGUAUGUGAUUUCCUUGGAAACGUGACGGUGAAGGUCGUGGAGCACGAACUGGUCAUCGAGGGUGAAGGCAAGAGACCCACUGAAACUGGCGUUAUGCAGACUUUCAAAUUCAACCGCCGCUUCUCUCUCCCUGAAGACGUAACUCCUGACGACAUCACGGCUGUCAUGUCUUCUGAGGGAAUCCUCAUUAUAACCAUCAUCAGGAGGAUUAAGAAGGUCACCCAAGUAAAGGACACUACCGAUACGCAACAAACUGAAACAAAGAAAACAACUACUACCACUACUAAGACGACCAAGACCGUCACCAUAACUACUAAAGGUUCAUUCUUCAAGGACCAGACCUUCGUUGAAGAUGUCAAAAACUUUGAACAAGCAAUUACAACUGUUAUCAAAAAGUUCAACUUGAAAAUCACUAAGGAUGCUUACACAACUUACAGAGAGUAUCGAAAGGCCAACCCCAAAAAUGAAAAUCAGGCUGUUUCAGAAAAGGAAACAGACAAAACAAAGAAGAUCGUGAUUGACGUGAGUGACUUCCUUGGGAACGUGACGGUGAAGGUCGUGGAGCACGAGCUGGUCAUCGAGGGUGAAGGCAAGAGACCCACUGAGACUGGUGCUAUCCAGACCUUCAGAUUCAACCGCCGCUUCUCUCUCCCUGAAGACGUAACUCCUGACGACAUCACGGCUGUCAUGUCUUCUGAGGGAAUCCUCAUUAUAACCAUCAUCAGGAGAAUUAAGAAGGUCACCCAAGUAAAGGACACUACUGAUACGCAACAAACUGAAACAAAGAAAACAACCACUACCACUACUAAGACGACCAAGACCGUCACCAUAACUACUAAAGGUUCAUUCUUCAAGGACCAGACCUUCGUUGAAGAUGUCAAAAACUUUGAACAAGCAAUUACAACUGUUAUCAAAAAGUUCAACUUGAAAAUCACUAAGGAUGCUUACACAACUUACAGAGAGUAUCGAAAGGCCAACCCAAAAAUGAAAAUCAGGCUGUUUCAGAAAAGGAAACAGACAAAACGAAAAAGCACCUUUUGCAUUGUCAUUGACGUCAGUGACUUCACAGAAAGCGUGACAGCGAGGGUUGAGGAGCGCGAACUGGUGAUCGAAGGUGAAGGCAAACGCAAAACAACCACUGGUGCAAUCCAAACCUUCAGUUUUAACCGUCACUUCUGCCUGCCUGAAGGCGCUACUACCGACGACAUUACGGCCGUCAAAUCUUCUGAAGGUAUCCUUUCGGUAUCUAUCAAGAAGACAGUGACCUCAACACGUACAACCACGACACAGGAGUCCCAAGAAAGCACCACCACCAAUGUUAUCAAGAUAGUCGAGAAAGGACCUUUCUUCAGUGAUCCUGCAUUCGCAAAGACCGUCAAAGACUUCCAGGGCUCCAUCACUACCGUCAUCAAGAAAUUCAGUGUGAAGGUUACCGGCACGGAUUCUUUCACCGCCUACAGAAAAUUCCGAAAGGAGAAUCCUAAGAAUGAAAAUCAGGCCGUGUCCAUCAAUGAUACUGAGACACUGAAAACGGUGGUGAUUGACGCGUGUGAUUUCCUUGGGGCCGUGACGGUGAAGUUGGAGGGCAAGGAAGUGGUGGUGAGCGGCACAGGGAAACGACAGAAGGGUGGCACCGGCCCUGUCAUCACCUUCAGCUUUGGGCGCCGCUUCUCCCUCUAUGACGAUACAAUCAUAGAGAACAUUUCAGCCGUCAUGUCCUCGGAGGGUAUCCUCAUGAUCACCAUCCCAAGGAAAGGGUAAUCGGAGCACCUCACCAGUGACUACGCCGGCAUAUUGGACGAGGAGAGUAGGCACAUGAUGCACGGCUACGCUACCUACAUUUUUAUAUUUGGCAUAUAUGUAUGAUGUCACUUCAGAAACAAAACUUAUGUUGCCAAUGUA